AGUCGGGCCCACGCGCAGUGACACGUAGCCGCGCGACUAGUCGUGUCCAAUAGCGCCUUAUCCCCCUCGACCUCGAGAGAGCCACCGCCCACCAGCCAUGUCGUCGUCGGCAGCUGCAGCUCACACCCUCACGCCGGCGGCGGGGGCGCCUCCUUUACCGCGCCGCGUGCGGCCGGCGAGGUGCUCCGGGGGCGGCGGCGCGGCGGCGGUGGAGACGGCCGCGGCGGGGGCGAGGGUCUCGACCGUCAGCAACCGCGGGGACUCCCUGGCGAUAUGCCGGGUGCUCAACGGCAUGUGGCAGACGAGCGGCGGGUGGGGCCGCAUCGACCGCGACGCCGCGGUGGACUCCAUGCUCGCCUACGCCGACGCCGGCCUCUCCACCUUCGACAUGGCCGACCACUAUGGACCUGCAGAGGAUUUGUACGGCAUUUUUAUCAAUAAAGUUCGGCGCGAACGACCACCUGAGUUGCUCGAAGAAAUCAAGGGGCUUACAAAGUGGGUUCCACCUCCAGUUAAAAUGACCAGAAGUUAUGUUGAGGAUAAUAUCAACAGAUCUCGAAAGAGAAUGGAUGUUGCUGCCUUGGACAUGCUGCAGUUCCAUUGGUGGGAUUACUCAAACCCUGGGUAUCUGGAUGCACUAAAACACAUCACAGACCUGAAGGAGGAAGGUAAGAUAAAGACGGUAGCUCUGACGAACUUCGAUACAGAUAGGCUACAGAUAAUUCUAGAAAAUGGUAUCCCAAUUGUCAGCAACCAGGUUCAACAUUCUGUUGUUGACAUGCGUCCGCAGCGAAGAAUGGCAGAGCUUUGCCAGCUUUCUGGAGUUAAACUUAUAACGUAUGGCACUGUUAUGGGUGGUCUUCUGUCUGAGAAGUUUCUUGACACCAAUGUAUCUAUACCAUUUGCUGGACCUCCUCUGAAUACCCCAUCUUUGCAGAAGUAUAAGCGGAUGGUCGAUGCCUGGGGUGGCUGGAGUCUGUUCCAGGCUUUGCUUCAAACGUUGAAGAAGGUAUCAGUGAAGCAUGGUGUUUCUAUAGCAACUGUUGCUGUGAGAUACAUACUGAACCAGACAUCUGUUGCGGGUUCAAUGGUGGGUGUGAGACUGGGACUCUCCGAACACAUAAAAGACACCAAUGCCAUCUUCUCACUUGAAUUAGAUGAAGAGGACAUGAACAGCAUCACAGAGGCAUCGAGUAAGGGGAGAAAUUUGAUGGAUAUAAUCGGCGACUGUGGAGACGAAUACAGAGCUUAGUUGUGCCAGAGAAAGUAGACCAAUGAGGCGGGUUUGGGCUGUUUCAGCCAGGAUCUUCCUUUUCUCUCGGUUUGUAUACUUGUUCAUUCCAAUCUUGAUGAAAUUAGGGUGCCUAGUCUUUGGCUGCCACGGCAAAAAAGAAAAAAGAAAACAAUGAGGCGGGUGGCUGCCACUUUUCUGGAGCUCUGAAAUUUAAUCAAAAUUAUACUGAAUGAUUAAGUGUGCAGCAGUUGUCUGAUCUUCCAGCAUAGAUCAGUCAUCAGAUUGUAAACCUCCCACAUGAAGAUGAUAUUUUAUAAGAACUGUAUAUACAGAAUCCAGAUUAAUACUGA